AUGGCGACUAUCGCACCUCCCCCGAGUCCUACGAUGGCGGAACUACCCUUCGAACAACUUAGCCUUUACCAUGUCGUCGACUCAUGUUUAUCGUCCAUACUUGUGUUCUACGGUGCUGUCUCCACCGUCAAUGCGACUGUCAGCAGCUCGCGCAUUCAAGCCCAUAUCUUCACACCAGCCGGCUUUCAGAGUUAUCCUCGAAUUACGGUCUCCCCCGCUGCUCCCGUAUAUGCGGCCGUCAACCACCUACCCCGCGACAAACAAGGUGACGAGGUGUGUCGCGGGCUGGCAGUCAGCAUGUUGAGAUACUUCGCCGAGCUGUCAGAGCCAGUCAAGAACCGUCUGACAGGAGUGGCUCGUGCGGGGCGGGCUGGAAAGCCCCCAAAGAUGUUUGAUGAGAUGCACGCGGCAGACUUGGCAAACCGGAUGGUCAGAGUGGAUGACUCGUCAGAGAUAAUUCGAGAUAUUCGGAGCGCAUAUCAGGAACGUAAAGUUCCAUGGAUUGAUAUUGAUGUUUUGCUUCCUGCGGACACUAUACAGCCAUCCAAGCGACGCAAUAGCGCGGGAUCUGAUAUGGAGGAUACCCAAGACCCACAGUAUGGACCAUACACACCACUCAUCGAAGCACUUGGAGAUCCUAUGUUCUUGCCGACAUCUCGAUUAAGGCGUGCGCCCUCUCAACCGACCAAUGUCAGCAAAUCGCGGACUUUUGCGAGAAGUCAGAAAGAGGCUCUCCGUCUAACUAUGUGCGAGCUUGUUGAUACCGAGGAACGAUAUGUUGCCAAGCUGUAUUCCUUGGUCCAUGAGGUUGCAGACGAAUUCCGCCAAAACGCUCAUGAGAGGCGGCCAUCAAGCACCAGCCCCUCCGAGGAAGCUUUGGCAGCAUUGUUCCCACCAUGUUUGAAUGACAUUUUGAAUGUCAACCUUGGCUUCCUUGAUGUCAUUCGACAAGUACUUGAUGACACAGAGAAAGAAGCCAUUACAGAUAUCGGCCAGGACACGGAGCUUCCUUCCACGCGAGGACGCUCCAGAGACACCAAAGAUGCGCUCGGAGCCGUGGCAUUUGCCACGGCUCUCCUCGAAUGGCUCCCCCGAUUUUCAGAUCCAUACAAAGAUUACAUGCGGGCGCACACUGGGUUUACACAGACGCUGAAUUCUUUCAUGAAAGACAAAAAUUCCAGCUUCUCGCGAAGAGUAUAUGAGACAGGAGAGCAGAGAUUGCGUUCUUUGCUGAUGGAGCCCGUUCAACGACUUCCUCGGUACAGUCUGCUUAUCGAUACUAUGACAGGCUGUUUGCCCUUGGUUCAUCCUGCCGUGCGAACUCUACUGAAAGCGCGAGAUAUCGUGAAGGACAUCUGUGCAUUGGAUAACGAUUCCCCUUCCAGCCAUGCCCAAGGCCUAGAACGUCUGAGAGAGCUUGUUAAUGGAUGGCCUGUUAAGAUUUUCCCGGAAGGUCGCUUGAUCACGGCUGUCGAUUUCAACGAGAUUACGCCUCCAUACAGCCUAGAUACCCAGGCACCUGGACCCAGUGCAGGGAUUAUGCUCCUAUACAAAAACUGCCUUGUUCUUCUGGCGAAGCCUGCUGAAAGCAGAGCUACCGCUCGUGCUUUGUUGGCCGAAAUCGACAAUGCAGCCUCACCAACCGCUGACAAUUCCAUGUCUCUACCGCAAUCCGAACUCCAGGUUGUAAAGGUGUUGGAAUUUCACAAGAUUCGAUGUAUGCAAUCCACUUGUGGCCGAAUUUUGUUUGUUUUGCCAAUCGCAACCAAGACCAUACCAGCCGACAUCAAUACACCAUCGGAUAUGCUUGCGCUGGAGUUGACAGCCAUGUAUGAAGGAAGAGCCAAUCGCUUGAUCGAAGAGAUUUCAAAAGCGAAGAUUGAAGGCCGAUUCCCGGAAAGCGAACGAGAAGGAGGAAAGUGGUCCCUACGGAGUCCUACUGGGUUGGCCAGCAAUGUCGGGAUUUUGGCCUGCGUGUGUGAGGAUGGCCAAAGUACCACGAUGAGCCAGGAUUACUCGUCUCAAAUACGAGUUGUAUUCGAUACAACCAGGGCUGCAAGUGGUCAAAUUUUGCAAAGCACCAAUCUAGAGGUCGUCAUCUCCAUUUCCCCACCGAGUGGUGGCCAGUAUAGAUUGGAUAUCGAGACUGUGGUUGGGUCUGGUUCGACCGAUCUGAUCACAGUUGAGACUUUUGUUCCAACUCUCUCGCGGCGCCUUCAAUAUCUCCUGUCCCCAUUACACAGUUCUCGAAACCCGGUAUUGGCGGGGCCACUGAUUCACUCCAAUUUUGAAACCCUUCGGUACAUCGCCAGCAGCUUGAUCACACAGGUCAAGUCUUCGCGAGGAUUCCGACCACCUUCGCCCACCAAACUGAUUUCCAAUCUCUUGGGGGGCAGUCGUGACAAUAUUCCAACGCUAAAAGGACCCAGCUCAGCAAUCUUGACCGGCGAAUUUCCGAAAAUGCUUCCACCAAGAGGCCAAUUGUCACGAUCAAACACGCUGCCUUCCUCGCUUCCAGGAAAGGAGAAGGAGAAGGAAAAAGAAAAGGGAAAGGAGGAAAGCACUAACAAGAUCUCCGUUGUUGGCGCUUCCGAUUCUCGGGGAUUGGAUGCCCAGUUCAGCUUGCUGGAGCAAACCUUUGCGGCUUAUAUCCUGUCUCUGCAGUCUCGAAGUGGAAACAUCCUUGGCCGAAUGCUUCGUGCUAGAGAUAACGCCGACCGAGCACCGGUCAAUGAGCUCUAUAACAUUCUCCUCGAAGACCCAAGCAAGAUCCAGGCUGCCGCUGAAGUGCCUGUUGAUACGUUGUUUGUUGCAUUUGAGACCUUCUUGGCGAACGCAUGGAAAAGAAGUAUGGGCCCUGUUCUGAGCUCGUCUUCUUUGAAAUGGGUCCAGGACCAAUUUGAUACCAUGAUCCCACGCGACUUUGACGAGCAAUUCCGCAGGUUCCUUUCCGAAAUGAGCCCCCAAAACAGACGUGCCCUAGCUGCGAUUAUUCGAUUGCUUGCCGAGCUGCUCGAUGCAUCAGGCAAUGAUGGGGAUCGUGGUGCUCUGACCAUGGCGUUUGCAGAGGUAAUAACCGAAGAUGGGGAUCCUAUAAAUCACGUUUCUCUUUUGGAUCGUCUGGUGGAUGACUUUGACAAUCUCUUUGAAGACUUCAUCCCUGGUGGCACUUCAGUGGAAGGAACCCUGACCGUCAGUCAAUCGAAGAACUCACAUGGCAAUACCGGAUCUGUCGGCUCCAAUUCCUCUUCUUUCCGCAAACGAUUCGGCUUCUUGCAUAAAGACAGUUCAAAGAGCGAGAAGAGUGAGAAGACCGAAAAAAGUGAAGGAGAAGGCAAGGUUGCUUCAAUUCUACGGACAUUAAGCAAGAAACAAAGCCCAGCAGGCUCGGAGCCCAAUACCCCCAAGGGCUCCCUGAUCCGAUCCAAGUCGACCGACGUGGACGCCCGGCUGGGAUUCCUUCGUCCUACAUCCCGCGAUCGCCCCUACGGCUUUGCAUCUGAAGAGACUAUCUCAAGACCAGGCACUGGUUAUGAGAAGCCCCCAUCGUUGUCUUCUGUCCGAGGAAUAUCUGAUGAUGGCGUCCCAAGGGUUCGUAGGAAACGCAGGAGCUCGCUCUCGGAUCUGAGACCAAAUACGGCAUCCUCGGAAUCAUCAAAUAUCUCUCCCACUCAGCAACUCCGCCCGGUGACACCCUCUAGCCGCUCUCGUGGAGAGAUUGUUACACCCACCAGGCAGCCCAGGCCUCAGAGCAGCUAUAUCCCAACAUCGCCUUCGCGCGACAAGUCACCGGCGAAAUCAGGUUCACCAGUACGGUUGGGAUCACCUAUUCGCAGAAUGUCACCCAAUCGACCGUCUACACCGAGCCGCAAGGAGAACAUUGACCCUAAGUCACCUUACACGGAGAGAACAUCGAAGUCUCGGGGAAGUGUUUCUGAAUCCCCUGCCGACGAAAACAGACGGUCUCGUGCGUCUGGUAUUCCCCAACGUACGCCAGGCCUUCGAGAGCGACCUACAAUCAAUGGCUCAGAUAGCAGAAGGCCACAGUCCUCGUCUUCUUCGCAGAAGCCGAAAAUACGGAUGCAGAGUCCACAAAAGCUACGUGAUCGUGUGCAGCAGGAAAAGAAGGAUCAAUCAUCUACUCAAUCAGGCUUCAAAGAUGAGCUCACGGCACUUAGUGACGAGCUACAAUCUUUCUCGUUUGCACCAACGAAACAGCUCAACUUGGACUUCAGUAUGAACCGCGCAAACAGCUGUACAUCUAUUGAUAACAGCGCAGCGCUUGAAGCUCGCAUGCGCACCCUCGAAUCCCGGCUCGAUAUGCUUAGUGGAGAGUACAGUGGCCGCACCUCUGCACUUGAAAAAGACUUGGAAUCGUCUUUGAUUCUCAGCGAGCGACGUGUGAAGAAACUCGACGAGCUUUACCGCGAAGCGAGUGCCGAGAACGAGGCGCUUUAUGAUCGAUUCAAUACCGAGCUCAGCAAGAUUGCCAAGGACGUCCGCUCAGGAAAUGGGGAGGACUCCCUGAAAUCCCAGCUGGCAAGUGCUUUAGACGAGAUCAACCGUGUUAAGAAGGAGAACUUCCGACUGAAACGAGAAGUUGGAGGCCUUCGUGCCCAGCAAGCCGCUGCUGCUCUAGUCAAGGCGAGUGAUCAAUGA